AUGACCGCGGAAAAGCCUUCCGAGAAGGCGCAAGUCCGCCUUCAAGGCGAAUUUGCAACCCAAUAUGACAUCGAGUUUAGAGACUUGCGGUUCUCUGUUCCCUCAAAGAAGGUCGGCAAGCCCCACACAUUGAUCCUGAAGGGGGUAUCAGGCUAUUGCCGAAGCUCUCGCUUGACGGCGAUCAUGGGUGCCAGUGGAGCAGGAAAGACAACUCUGGUCAAGGAGACCAUUAUGACCAGUGCUCUCCUGCGGCUGCCGCUGUCAAUUCCCAGGAAGGAGAAGGUGCAGAGGGUUAAUGACAUCAUCGCACAGCUGGGGCUCCAGCACUGCGCGGGGACGAUGGUUGGGGACGAGGGAACCGGCACGGGCGUCCGGGGCAUCAGGCAAGCAACUCUGCAUCUUUUCUGGCACUACCUUGGUGGCGAGCGCAAGAGGGUGACUGUUGGAGUGGGCCUCGUGACUCAGCCCCAUGUUCUGCUGCUAGAUGAGCCCACCUCCGGCCUCGACUCAGAGACUGCUGUGUCCAUCGUGGAGCUCAUGCGUGAGCUGGCACGCCAGGGCCGAACGGUUGUGACAACCAUCCAUCAGCCAAACUCCACAAUCACAGACUGCUUCGAUGAUCUGCUGCUGCUGUCAUACGGCCAGCUCAUCUACAUGGGCAAGUGGGCCAAGUCUGUCGAUUACUUCAGCUCCCUAGGCUACAAGUGUCCGAUGUAUACCAACCCCUCAGAUUACUACAUGGGCCUCAUGAAGGACGAGGAAGCUUCCCCCAAGCUGGUGGAGGUCUGGGAGAAGGCUGGAGAUGAGUGGGUCACCACCCCACGCCUCACAGCGCCCCAGCAGCAAAGCUCCUUUACCAACAGUGCUCAGGGGGAGGAGCCUGUGAGCUCAAGUGGGCACGGUGCCCUGGAGAAUGGUCACACCAACGGAGUCACCCCUGCAGCGGACAUUGAGAUGGGGUCGGUCCCUGGGGUGCACGAGAGGGUGAAUGGGGAGCCUGCCUCGAUUAGCGCAGAUAAAAGCUCGGACGAGACAUCGAAAACAUCCUCAAAAUCACCAGGCGGGGAGGGUAAGGGGGUUGCGAAGGGGUCAAAGAGGGGCGUGGUGCGAUCGAGGAGCCUGCAGCCGCCGGCGUGGUACCAGGUGUGGGUGCUGGCGAUUCGCAAUUGCCAGUUCUAUGCGCGCAACCCCGAGCUCAUGCUCGCCAAGCUCUUCACCUACAUCUUCAUGGGCGGCUUCAUGGGGCUGAUGUACCUGCGGCUGCCGCUGGACACUGCAACGGCAGGCUACAACCGGUCGGCAGCGCUGUGGAUAUCCAUGUUUGCAUUCACGCUCAUGCCCUCCGAGACCGCCUGCUCCGUCUGGAACCAGGAACGCGCCGUGAUCACGAAGGAGGUGAAGUCGGGGCAGUACCGGCUGUCUUCUUUCUUCCUGGCCAAGACCGUGGUCAGCGUUCCCUUUGAGACAGUCAUCGCCAUCAUCUUCACUGUCAUCAUCUACCAUAUGAUCGGCUUCCAGGCCAAGCUGGACAAAUACCUCAUCUUCAUGGUCACCCUCAUCUUAGUCAACCUCAUCUCUGAAAUGGUCGGCUUCAUCGGCGGUGUCGUCACCAAGGAGGUCACCAUCGGGCUGAUCCUGAUAUCUGUGGUGACCUAUUUCUGCUUUGCCUUCUCUGGCUUCAUUGUGCAGCCCAUCCCCAAGUACUUUGUCUGGCUGCACAAGAUCUCCUACUACUCCCUCGCCUACACCAUCCUGGUCAAAAACGAGUUCACCGGCCUCAACAUCCUGAGCCCCCUAGACGCGGUGUGCUCAGCAGAGCUCAACUUCAUCCCGCCGCCGCCGGCCAACACUUACACAAUCGCCCAGAACAUUGGUUUCCUGGCGCUUGUGGCUGUGGGCAUCCGAGUGGUGGCUUUCGCGUUUCUCUGGUUCUCUUUUGCCACAUUCCGUCUGCCUAAGUUCCUGCAGAAGCCCUGCGCCUCAAUCAAGAAAGCCUUUGCUUUCCUGUUCUGCUGA